CGACUUGGCUUUUCGUUUUACUCAAAUUCGUUGCACUCCCGCCGCUUGCUUCUGCAUAUCCCUCGCUGUCAACACCCCGCAAGCUCUUUGCCAUGGACUUCGACUUUACGGGCGAUAUUAACUGGUCGCACACGUCGCCAGAGGAUCACACCAAAGACUCACUAUCUGAACGUACGGACUUCGACCCGGCGUCCUCAUCAUCAUCAGAUCACGGUCCUGACCUUGCCGACCAGCCAGAGCGGCACCCCAUUGACCCGCUCCCUGAUCGUACGGACGGCGACCCGUCGUCCUCAUCGUCCUAUCACGGUCUUGGCUCUGGUGACCAACCGGAUGAGCACACCAAAGACUCGGAUCCUGAGGGUAAAGCUUGCGAUUGGCCGUCCUCGUCAACAGACUGCGGUUCUAGCUCUGGCGACCAACCAGAUGGACACACCAAGGACGCGCUUCCUGAGCGUACAUAUUCACUCGCAGAUCUUAAUGGCCCACUGAACACAGCGACGGACAUACCAGAGACGCCAGACAUUUCUAUCCAUGCCCCAGAUACACCUUCGCACGUCAACGAUGGGGAGGAGCCAAGCAGCCAGGAGGGAAGGCUUCAAGUAUCCGCUCGCGAAGACAGGUAUGAGGACCUUGGUUACCUCGUCGAUAAAACGGGAGCAAGUUACAAUUGUUCUGGAUCAAAGCUGACAGAGCAACUUCCUGGUAGUGUUUCUCACGCACGAGCUGAAGCACAGCGUCGACUACAACAGGAUGAGAAAAUGAAAUGGGCUAUCGAAGUUUCCAAGCCCAAACCCCUCGUGCCCUCCAACAGCAACUUCGCAUCCCCCGAAAAGUAUCAAUUAGCGCUGUACAAAAUCACCAAAGAUCCAAACCUGAGACCCAAAGGGAAGUCGAGCGGCAAGUGGCGCUGUUGCAAGUGUAACCGCGGUCACAAGAUCUACACUCAACCACACCCCCAGCAUCCACUCAGCGUUCUGAGCUGCGAAUGCACCCAUCGAUCAUGUGCUAAGUGCAAACUCGAAGGUCUAAUCAAACAGUUCCAACCGAUGAGCGAUCCGGCGGUGGUCCAUUUGUCUGAGGAUAGAGCCAGGGCUAUACGAUUCGGCGUCUUCUGUGAAGGCUGUGGUCUAUCCUGGCGCGCGCAAAGAGUCCCAGUCGAGGUCAAAAAGACACCGAAGAAGUCGGCCCUACAAUGUGUGUCUACGCUCCCCAGGUUCCUAACGAAGCGCGGUGGUGGUGCACCCACUUUGAAGGAGCUGCGAUCUAGUCGGUCGAUGAACAACCUCCACGAUCCCACUGAGUCACGUCCUCAGGCUGCACCGCUGGCCGCUUCCAGGUCCAGCCUCGACCUCCGAGCCCUUUCGAAGGAGAUGAGGAAAGAGCAUGGAGAACAAGCUGAGCCGGUUCCCGUCAAGUUCGCAAGCAUCCAGUGUACCUGCACUAUGACCACUGCAGACUCCUCGCUCUGUUUCCAGAUCAUGGAUAAGCCAAAGGACCAUAACCAGACUCAGCUCGUGAAGAAAGUGGCCGCGCGCAAGCCGGCUGGCUUUGGCAGCACACCGGAAGACAUUGCGAGAGGUCAUGGUACCCCGACCUUGACGUUGAGGGGACGACAGCACCCAAACCCGCUCCGGAGCAACCUUGUCGCCUAGAAGAACGACAGCAAGAAAUUUCUCCGAGAUCUCUUGCCAAAACGUCGGAAGCCAGACCGAUCAGAGUAAGACCUUGGAUGGGGGAGACAACGUUCGUGAGAUUGGUGUAUUGGGCCGAGAUUUAAGGCCGCAGGAACCAGGUUUUGUGGACAGCUACCCAUGCUCCAUCUUCUUUUCUUGGAUGUUUCGGUCAGACGUUGGAAAUGCACUAUGCAAGUGCUCGGGGAUUGGCACGUUCAUUUGUUUCUUGUUUGGGAGUCUACUACAUGGUUGACGAUGCGUCGCUGGAAAUCGCAGGCAGACAUGGUUUGACUGUUCAUAUGGGCUUUUGAGCCU